UAAAGCGCACGUGUUUGUGUUUAUAGUUCCACUAAUUCUCACCUAGGUUGAAGCGCUCUUUUCGGAAAGUGAAUUCUGUAUCCAAAAUGACGGAAGGUACUGCUACCAUUAGGACCAGAAAAUUCAUGACCAACAGGUUGUUGGCCAGAAAACAAAUGGUUGUUGAUGUUUUACAUCCAGGUCAACCCUCAGUAAAAAAAACUGAAAUCAGGGAAAAGUUAGCAAAAAUGUACAAAGUUCUCCCGGAUGUAGUAUUUGUCUUUGGAUUUAGGACAAACUUUGGAGGUGGGAAAUCCACUGGUUUUGCUUUAAUCUAUGAUACAUUAGAUUUUGCCAAGAAAUUUGAACCUAAACAUAGGUUAGCAAGGCAUGGUUUAUACGAAAAGAAACAACAGACUCGUAAACAACGUAAAGAAAGGAAGAACAGAAUGAAAAAAGUCAGAGGUACCAAAAAGAGCAAAGUUGGAGCAGCUGCCAAAAAGGGGAAAAAAUAAAAUGUACUAUGGAAUUGAAAGGUUCAAUUAACCUUGACACUUGGGUGGAGUUUAUUGUAUGGCACUUAUCUAUCAUCUUUAUGGGUUUUAUAUAUGUGUAAUACAAGUAAACAGUUGAUGCGCA